AUGUCACGGGGGCGGGAGCGCGUGGUCGCCCUGGUGGACAUGGACUGCUUCUUCAUGCAGGUGGAGCAGCGCCUCGACCCACAACUGCGCGGUCGCCCCUGCGCCGUGGUGCAGUACACCGAGUGGCAGGGCGGCGGGAUCAUCGCGGUGAGCUACGAGGCGCGCGCCUUCGGCGUGUCCCGCGGGAUGUGGGCGACGGAGGCGCGGGCGCUGUGCCCCGAACUGGCGCUGGCGCGGGUGCCGCAGGCGCGGGGCAAGGCGGACCUCACCCGGUACCGGGAGGCCAGCGCGGAGGUGAUGCAGGUGCUGUCGCGCUUCGCCGCCAUCGAGCGGGCCAGCAUCGACGAGGCGUACCUGGACCUGACGGGCAGCGCGCGGGAGCGGCUGCGGGCCCUGCGGGGUGGCCCCCUGGCGGCCGCGCUGCUGCCCACCACCUUCGUGCAGGGGCUGCCCGACGACCCCGGCCCCCAGCCCGGCGGGAAGGAGGAGCUGCGGCAACGUGGCUUGCACGAGUGGCUAGCGUCGCUGUCUUUCGAUAACCCUGAUUGUCCUGACCUGCAGCUGACCAUGGGUGCAAUAAUUGUGGAAGAAAUGAGGGUGGCUGUAGAAGCAGCCACUGGAUUCAGGUGUUCAGCUGGGAUUUCACACAACAAGACACUAGCAAAACUGGCCUGUGGGUUAAACAAGCCCAACCGCCAGACACUAGUAUCUUCGCGAUUUGUCCCGCAGCUCUUCAGUCAACUGCCUGUCAGCAAUAUCCGUAACCUAGGAGGCAAGCUUGGCACUGCCAUCACAGACAUCCUGGGAGUAGAGUACAUCGGGCAGCUGACGCAGUUCAGCGAGACAGAACUCCAGACUCACUUUGGAGACAAAACUGGGUCCUGGCUCUAUGACUUGUGCAGAGGAAUUGAAGAGGAACCUGUCAAAAACCGGUACCUGCCCCAGUCCAUUGGCUGCAGCAAGAACUUCCCUGGGAGGACAGCCCUGGCCACACAGAAGGAGGUGCAACACUGGCUCCUGCAGCUGGCCUUGGAGCUGGAAUCCAGACUGAUCAAGGACAGGAGUCAGAAUCACCGAGUGGCCAAGCAGCUGAUGGUGGUCAUCCGCAUGCCGGGAGACAUCCGGGUGUCCCGCUUUUGCGCUCUGUCCCGCUAUGAUGCCCAGAAGAUGUGCAACGAUGCCUUUGCCCUCAUCCAAAACUGCAACAUGGCUGGGGCUCACCAAGCGGCCUGGUCUCCACCGCUCAUAUCAGUGCUUCUUUCGGCAAGCAAGUUCUCAGAGCCUGCCACACUCUCUGCAGGCAUCGCCACCUUCCUGACGAGUGAUACCCAGCAUGAUGGCACUGCCACUGCCAGCCAAAACGCCACGUCUUCAAGGAGGCCCAGGGUCAAGUUCUUUAGGAGCCCAAGCAAAGAGCUUAGGCAGAAGCCAGCUAAUGCUAUUGAGUCAUUCUUCCAAAAGGUGGCAGAAAGGCAGCAGUCACAGAUGGCAGUAGCAACCAGCCUGCCUGCUGCUGCCACUGCAGAGUCACCUAUGUCCAGCUCCCUAGAGCACCAAGAGAGAGAUGGCAUUGGACUUGCUUCUGUGCAGUGUGACCUGGAGUCCCCUGUGAAGUGGAGUCCCAGAGAUGGGAGCCCUACUUCUCCUUACAAGAGGCUUCCCUGUGAGAAGUCGCUGGCUGAUGCUAUACAAGUACCCUCGACUCCACCCAGCUCCAGGACCCUUCUGAAAUUAGAGCCAGCUAUGGAGGGAAACGAGCAGAAUUUGCCACCCUUUCCUGAGCUCACCCCAUUCCCUCCUGCCUCGCCGGGGGACCAGCAGCGCUGCGAGAAGUGUGGCCAGCUCGUGCUGGUGUGGGAGUUCCCAGAGCACAUGGACUAUCACUUUGCUCUGGAGCUGCAAAGCUCCUUCCUGGAGCCCAGUGCUCCCGUGGCUUCGGCAGCAGCUCCCAGCCCAAAGGCUGCAGCUUCCAGGUCUCCUGCCAAGGCAAAGAACAAGCCCAAGACUCCAGCAGAAUCUAGUGCAAAACGACCCAGAGAAGGUGUGACAAGAACUUUAGAUUUUUUCUUUAAGCGCUUACCUCCUUAACUCCCAGCCACGCUGGCAGUUUUUAGAUAAUCAGUGUUUUUAAAGAAUCAAUGUUUUUAAAUACAGUUAAAAGUUUUUAUAGUGCCUGUCAGGUUUUAAUGCAGAAACAUCUAAUAAAUUAUCUCUA